AUGGCCGACUCGGUUGAUCGCGUAUUCGUGCACGCGCUCAACACGGUCAAGAAGAUCCCCAAAACAGGCGCCUCGCGGCCGCCGCCCGGCGACCGACUCCGACUCUAUGGACUCUAUAAGCAGGCGAUGGAAGGGGACGUGGACGGCGUCAUGGAACGACCGUCGGCGCUGUCGGGCGUCGACGGCGACGAUCUACAGCGCGAGAAGGACAAGUGGGAUGCGUGGAAUGCGCAGCGCGGUGUGAGCCGAACCGAGGCCAAGCGGAGGUACAUUGAGGCGCUGAUGGAGACGAUGCAUCGCUAUGCUACUACGCCUGACGCGAGAGAGCUGGUCGGAGAAUUGGAGUUUGUCUGGAAUCAGAUCAAGAACAAUAGCUCGACGACAUCUGACUCGUCGCCCAAGAGGGAUACGCGCACCGAGCCUCGGCGAUUUACCCAGCCCGUACCCCUCGGCGGUACCGAGGGGCCUAUGAAGGUCCUCAGUCCUAUGAGUGAGAACGACGAAGCCGAGCAGUACCGGGAGAAGGAAGAUGAUGGCGAUGAGGGCGAGUAUGUCAAGAAAGGCGACAGGUGGUCCCGGAAGGUCGAGAGGGCGUUGGUGCAAUUAUCUGCUGAGAUUGCGGCACUAAGGGAACAGAUCACCACCGGUCGGGAAUGGAGGUCAAGGAAAGAGAAGAGCUUCGGCGCAUGGAUUGGGUGGUUUGUGUGGCUGUUCUUAAAACAUCUGGUGGUCGACUCAGUAAUACUCGGCAUCGUACUUCUGUGGAUGCGCAGGCAAAAGGAUAGACGGCUGGAGGAUUUGGUUCGGUCGGCGCUGAAGCUCGGGCGUGAGUACGCCAGGAAAGUGCUGCCGUCAAGAUGA